CCUAUCAAGCAAAAAAGCCAAAAACAAAAGCAUGGUUCAACACCAUUGGCCAUGAAACCAUGCCAAAAUUUGAAGUUUUUAAAAGGUUCAGGCGUUUGAGACUCUUUGAGCCAUGUUUGGGGGUUCUUGGCUUCUUCUUUGUUGCUGUUUUUGUGAUUUGUUGUUUCUUUUACUUGGAUUAUAGAGUUGUGUCUAAAGGGUAUAGAGUUCCUAGUCAGUCACAUGGAUUUAUGUGGCUUAAACUAGAUGGGUCUUCUUCAAGUGAGAUUAAAAAAGUUGAUUUCUUGAGCCAGGAAGGUAAAAGGUGUGAUGUGUUUGGUGGUGAUUGGGUGUGGGAUGAAACUUAUCCUCUUUAUGAAUCCAGAGAUUGCAGCUUUCUUGAUGAAGGAUUUAGGUGUACUGAAAAUGGAAGGCCAGAUUUGUUCUACACCAAAUGGAGAUGGCAGCCUAAGCAUUGUAACCUUCCCAGAUUUGAUGGAAAAUUGAUGUUAGAGAAGUUGCGAAACAAGCGAUUGGUUUUUGUUGGUGAUUCAAUUGGAAGAAAUCAAUGGGAAUCACUCCUCUGCAUGCUUGCUUCUGCAGUUCCCAAUAAAGAUUCUAUAUAUGAAGUGAAUGGCAGCCCAAUUACGAAGCAUAAAGGUUUCUUGGUAUUCAAGUUCAAGGGUUAUAAUUGCACCGUGGAGUAUUAUAGAGCUCCUUUUCUUGUCCUGCAGAGCAGGCCUCCCGCUGGGUCUUCGGAAAAGAUCAAGACAACACUUAAACUGGAUCAAAUGGAAUGGAAUUCUUUUAGGUGGAAAGACGCAGAUUUAUUGGUCUUCAAUACCGGGCAUUGGUGGAAUUAUGAGAAGACCAUUAGAGGGGGAUGUUACUUUCAAGAAGGGAAAAAAGUCAACAUGGAAAUGAGAGUAGAACAAGCAUAUAAAAUACAUAAUGAGGUGAAUUCAAGCAAGACCAAGGUCUUCUUCCGCACAUUUGCACCUGUACAUUUCAGAGGAGGAGAUUGGACAAAUGGGGGAAGCUGCCACUUGGAGACACUGCCAGAGAUGGGUACAUCGCUAGUGCCAUCUGAAACUUGGGAACAAUUCAAAAUAGUCAGUGAUAUGUCAUCAGCUUACUCGAAUGCAUCAGAGGGUAUAAAAUUUGACAUACUAAAUGUUACUCGUAUGACGGCACAAAGGAAAGAUGGCCAUUCAUCUCUUUACUAUUUGGGUCCCAAGGAAAGUCCUGCUCCAAUUCAUCUGCAGGACUGCAGUCACUGGUGUCUACCAGGAGUGCCUGAUGCAUGGAAUGAGCUACUCUACGCAGUGAUCCUCAAGCAUUAUAUGAAUCAUACGUUCGUUCGACUCAUCAACAUAUGAAGCACAGGUUUGAUUGAGGAUGAAGCCUCUAAUAAUACACCUACUACGAAACAUAGGAAUUCCAUGAACAGAAAUGAAUCAGACUUCGCCACAAACAAAAAUGGGAGGUAGUUUAGAUUGAAUUUUUGCCAUAGUUCUAGGGUAAGGAUCAAAAGUGGCUCUAUGAUUUUGGCAGUGUUAGAUUAUGAAAAGAAAACAAGUUUCUUUUGGCUAGAUAGUUGAUAUUGAUUCAAGCAGCCCCAAUUUUAAGAGCAAUGAGUGGGCACGGAUUCAACCUAUGGGAAUAAAGCUGUAGAACAAUUUUACACAUUGGGUAUUCUGUUGUGAUCACGUAUUCCUUGGGAAAAAAAGAUGUAAUUAUUAUUAAAAAAAAAAAAAGAUAGCUGGUAAGCAUUAAUGCAGGUGACUUUGUGAUAUUAUUCCGGUGGCAUGAAUAUGAAAGUCUGAUGGCCGCAUGAGCCUUUUGCCAUCAUUGAAGAAAAAAAAUUCUGUUUCUCUUUGCAAGGUGAAAAUGUGAUGUUAGAGCGUUAGGUGGCAUGGGAUGGCAACGUAAUUCUGUUUAGAAGGACUAAUAGAUCUUACAUAGAAACAGGUACUGUCGAUUUGCAUUUGUUUGACAAAAUUUCAGUUGUGCGUCUAUGAUUUUUUGAUCUUGGAAUGUAUGAAUUUUUUUUUUAUCUCAUA